UCCGGCGGCGGACCAAAAUGGCGUCCACUAAGAAAAAACAAGAUGAAAAACAUCUUAAAUCUCUCAGAGAAAUGGUGGCGCUGCCACAUAAUAAACAAUGUUUUGACUGUCAUCAGAGAGGACCGACAUAUGUAAACAUGACAAUUGGCUCUUACGUCUGUACAGCCUGCAGCGGACUAUUGCGAGGUUUGAAUCCGCCACACAGAGUGAAGUCUAUAUCAAUGGCCAGUUUUACUCCAGAAGAGAUGGAAUUUCUACAAAUGCAUGGAAAUGAGUACUGCCGGAAGGUGUGGCUUGGUCUCUACGACAACAGGCUUGGCAAUCAAGCAGAAUCAAGGGACGAGACGAAGGUGAAAGAGUUCAUGGCCCAGAAGUACGAGAGGAAGAGAUACUACGUGGCACCUACAGACAGCAUGAAGGAAGAGGCUCGCAGAAUGAAUGAGGCAGGAGCAGUGGUUAAACCUCCCCCUGGUACCCGGCCUCUGAAGUCCCUGCUGGGAGAAAAUGCACCCAAACUACAGGUUGGCGCACAGGAUGGACAGAUUGUCACUCCAUCAGGUUCCACUGACAAUCUACCAGAUUUGAAUAAUCCAGCCAAUCAAAUGACUGGUGAGGCUCUCUUUGGAGAUGCAUUGACCAAUGAGAAUGCACCAACUGAAAUGUCCAAUGGGACGACAGGAGAGAUGCUGUUUGGCUCUCCUGUGAAGGAGAAUAGUUUUCCCACUCAGUCAAGUUAUCAGGACUUGUUCGGGUCAGGAUUACCAGUGCAGGCUGAGACAUCAGGCGCAGGAGAAAACCUUUUUGCAGUGGGGCAAUUCUCACAAGCCCAACAAUUGGGUGCAGCAGCAGUUAACGCGUUUGGAGCUGGAGUUACUUCACAAGUUACAACAUCGGGUGCAGUGGAAAGCCUGAUUGGGUUCGGGCCUUCACAACAAACCCAGACAUUGGGCAUAGAUUCUGAUGCGUUUGGGGUUGGACUAUCAUCACAAGGUCCAACAUUUGGCGCCGCUGAAAACCUGUUUGGGGUUGGGUCAUCCCAACAAGGCAAUACUUUGGGCUCUGAAGCAGACUUGUUUGGAUCUGAAAUUACUUCACAAAGUCUUACAUUGGAUUCCGCUGAAAACCUGUUUGGUUCUGGGCUGUCACUACAAAACCACACAUUGGGCACUGCAGCAGACAUGUUUAACCUGCAGGGAUCAAUCCCUCAAGAGGUGAAGCCCCCAGUGAGCAAGCCUGCCAUGACCUCUGUGCCAUCAUUUGGGUCCACGCCCCAGAGCCCUGGCACUGCCAGUCUGCAGUCCACCCAUUCUACGGGCUCCAAUGCCCUCGACCUCCUGGGAGACCUGGGGGGCGACCCCUUCGGCAGCACCACAGCAAGUGCAGCACAUAGCCACAACACUGGAGGCUUUGCAGACUUUGGCAGUUUUGGAGGAAGUGUAAGCUCGCAGCCUGCAACAUUUCAUCAAAGCACACCCUUGCAGCCACUAGGGUCAGCUCCCCAAAGCUCUCAGGCAGUGUUUAACGGGUUUCCUCCGCCGCCAUCGUCUGCACCACACGCCCCAGGGGCAGGGGGAGACAAAUACUCGAACCUUUCUGAUCUAUUCAGUGUGUCUGAGACUCCAGAGGAAAGCAGCAUUAAGACAGGUUGGAGUUCCACACUCAGCACCAGUGGUGGUGGGGGCAUCAGUUGGAACAGCUCUUCUAGCAACUCAACUGGUGGCAUCAACUGGGGUGGUGAAAGUAACAACACUUCUAGUAGCGGGGGCAUUAACUGGAAUAGCCAACCAGCAGCAAGCUCAACUAGUUCUGGUGGAUGGGGAGGUGGCUCCACAUCCACUUCAAGUUCAUCAUGGGGUGGUGCACCUGUCAGCACUCAAUCAAACGGACUUGGUGCACCAGGAAACCCGUUUUUAUCGGCCAAUGUGGCCAAUCCAUUCGGAGGUGGCAUGACGGCCACAUCUACCAGUCACGGGCAGACACAGCAAGCAAACCCAUUCGGGGGUCAGGGACUUGGGACAGGCUUUGGUGGGUUUGGAGCUCCCCAAACGCAGCAGGCAGGCGGAUUUGGCCAUGGGCAGUUUGGGGCUGCCCCAGGGUCAACAGGUGCAGGGUUUGGACAGUUUGGUGGCGUGCAGCCUGCCAACGCUAUGCCUGCAGCAGGCUUUGGACAGUUCCCCACACAAAAUGGUGGGUUCGGAAUGAAUACCUCGACUAGUGGUUACCCUGGAGGUCAAGGUCAGAUGUCAACUGCAGGGCAAGCGAGCUUCAGUUCACAAGGCUUUGGUCAGGCAGCCCAGGGCUUUAGUGGAGCUCAGCAAGGACAACAUGGGUUUGGGUCGCAAGGGUUUGGAGCACCACAAGUGAGCCAGCAGGGGUUUGGCAUGCCGCAGCAAGGGUAUGGGGGUCAGAUGCAGCAAGGAUUUGGUGGAGCAGGGUGGGGUGGGGUCGCGUCUGCACCGCAAGCCAACCCCUUCAUGUCUACAGCCCAGCAAUACUCUGCACCAAAGACAGGCGCCACCAAUCCAUUCUUAUGAUAUUAGAAACUCUUGAGACAGUUUUGAAAUUUCUUUUCUGAAUCAUUCAUUCAGACUGAACUCAUAGCCAAAUCUUAAUCCUGUUGAAAAUACUAAAACUUUAUAUGAUGCAGAUUUUGAUGGAUCAAGUGAUGUCCAGUAAGCGUUAUUGGUAAGAAUGUUAAUAGUCAAAACUGGUGUACCAAAUAAAAGUUAUGCUUUCAGAAUGUUUUACAAUACAAAAACAGUGGUGUACAAGAGUUUGUUCAAGUGAGGGCUGC